AUGCGCGGAUUUCUCAAGACUUUAUUUUUUACUUCGGCGUCACUGGAUCUAAGUGAUAUCCAGCCUGCCACCGUGCCGUCCUUCAGCACUAGGCCAGAUCGCUUGUUGACUGUCGUCGCUCUGAAAUCCUUAGCGUUGCCUACAAAAAUCGACCCUUUGACAAUUUCUGAGCCCACCAGUAUUCCCCAUUAUGGCCAUUGGACUCUUGUGUCCACGCCAGUAACUCGGCCAGGAAACUCGGAGUACACUACAGCGUCACAACCAAGUGAGUCAUGGUAUGACUCCACGCCGCAUACGGGGGAGGGUAUGACUGAUAUCUUAUCCUCAAAUCGUACGAGGGGAACGAUCGGCACGACAACACACCAAAAUGUUUCUACUCCCGUUGUUCAACCAACGAGAGCUGGGGGGACUGCUGGAGUGACAGCAGAUGACUUAUUUGCCCCGAUCGAAACGGGCGGCCCGCCAGAAGUUUUCACCAGGCAGUCUAAUCCCCUAGACCUGCCCAAGGGCGUGGAAAGUAACGGAACGCCAUACCAGACUAACAAAUUUUAUACCAACUUGAUUGUGGGAGCACAGAACUCCUCGGUGUUCGUAUUUCCGUAUAGUGUCUGGUAUAAUAAGACGCGCCAGGGGAUUGCAAUUAGUCAUACGGGGAAAAGCAGGAAUAUUUCACGCAGUGGCGAUGACAACUCAGCAUACGGUAUGUCCCAUCCACUCGGAAUGGCCGAACUUGUAUUUUCAGCUGCCGGAUUUGGCGCGGACAAAUCUCAAUUACAUGUAAAAGAGAUGCAGUCGGAUAGCUGUCGCUUAGAGUUACGCGGUAGCGGUGGAGAUAGCUAUCUAGAGAUGCCACUUGUUCAGGGGAUGGGUUGGGUUACAGGUAUCUACCAUGGUGGUAUAAAGGUGGCUGUUCAGGUACCCAAGGGCUUAAAAUGCCUAAGAGCGGAAAAUCCAGGUACCUUACCGGAAAGCACCCUAAAGUAUCGCGUGAUUUUGUCGAAUGGUGUAGAAUGGCUACUAUAUAUUACCUUUAAAGAUCAAAAGUCCUGGAAAGACUUUGAUCUGGUUGCUAAGGAUCGAUACACACUAGAGGCAGAGAAAAGUGUAGAUGGUGUGAUAGUUCAAGCGGCUAUCGCCCCAAAGGACCAAAACUUGGAAGAGCACUACGAUAAUUCAGCAGGAAUGUAUGCUACUUCUUUCAGCAUAAAAGGGUCUGUAAAGGACACAGUAGCGGAGUACUCAUUUGAGUACAGUACUGAAGGCAAGUCUCAAAGUGGAAAUACUAUGUUGUUUGCGCUUCCUCACCAUAUACCGAUGAUGACAUCCGAUAUGGAAUCCAAGAAAACCGGUAUUGAGCUUGAAGCUUACACAAGGGGUAUUAUGAAAGGAUUUCUUACAAACAAACUGAGCUUUAGGGCGGAAUUAGAUCGGCAACUUUCUUGGCUACCAUACAGUCCCGAGAUAAAGCAGCAUAACCUCACAUACAACGUUGAACAGCUUCAUCUUCUUGCAAAUGUUGCAAACCUGGAGCUCCAGGCUGACAUUAGCUCCUCUAUCAAAGGCUUGAACACUUACUUCAUAGGGAAAAUGAUCGAUAAAUUCGCCUACAUUUUGCUAGUUGUAUGCGACGUCAUAGGGAAUAAAGACAUUACACAUGAAAGCUUAACUAAUUUGAAGACUGCAUUUGAUCUGCUGUUGAAGAACCAGCAGACGUUUCCACUGUACUAUGAUACAAAAUUUUCAGGCAUUGUUUCUUCCGCCGAUUGGAAAGAUUAUCAUGGUCAAGCUGACUUUGGAGCUACAUACUAUAAUGACCAUCACUUCCACUAUGGUUAUCUAAUACACACAGCUGCCGUAAUUGCAUAUGUCGAUGCAAAACUGGGAGGAUCAUGGGGAGAAACAAAUAAAGACUGGGUGAACGCUCUAAUUCGUGAUGUUGCUAACCCGUCGACUGAAGACAACUAUUUCCCAGUAUUCAGGUCAUUUGACUGGUACCACGGCCAUUCUUUUGCGUCCGGAUUGUUUGAGAACCCAAACGGGCGUAACCAGGAAUCAUCAUCAGAAGACUACAAUUUUGCAUACGCUAUGAAGAUGUGGGGCAAGGUUAUUGGUGACUUAAAGAUGGAGUUACGUGCUGAUAUAAUGCUGGCGAUUAUGAGUGAGUCUAUCAAUAAAUAUUACUUGUAUUCAAAAGCAGAUACAAUAUGGCCCGAGCAGAUUGCCAAAAAUAAAGUCCCAGGCUUACUAUUUGAAAAUUCCAUCACAUAUACUACAUUUUUUGGCACCAACAUUGAAUAUAUUCAUGGUAUUAAUAUGCUACCUAUUACACCUGUAUCUGGGCUCAUAAGGAAGCCAAGCUUCGUUAAAGAAGAAUGGAAUGAAAAAAUAGCACCCAUAUUGGAGAAGAUCGAAAGCGGUUGGAAGGGAAUUGUGGUUCUAAACCAAGCUCUUUAUGAUCCCAAAGCAGCUUAUAAAUUUUUCGCUGCUGAAGGGUUUGAUUCACAAAAGUACCUCGACGGAGGAUUAAGCAGAACAUGGGCCCUUGCAUUUACGGGUGGACUUGCUAAUACAUUGGGUUUACUAUAA